AUGGCACCAGCCAAAUCCUCCAAGGCUGGUCACGACGACUCCAAGGCCGAGGGCACAAACACGAAAGAAAAACACUCGUCCGGCUCUGGUAGCCACCACUCGAAUGGCAAACUGAGACGGGUGGCCAGUUCGACUGGCUCCAACUUGCGGGAAGUCACAAAUGCCAGUGCAGCCGUGGACACCACGCCUGCAAAGGAGGAGAUCCAAAACCCAGGACUCCAGUGGAACGCUUUCGAUCGAGAAAUACUCCAUGCUUACCGUCGCGAGCACCACCUCAACACACCAACCUCCUUCUCCUGCUCCUACCGCCAAUUGGUCUUGUCACGGCCUGGUGGCAUUGGACUGCAUUCUCCCACAAUGGCUCGGAAGAGAGACAACCGAAGACAGAGUAAAGAGCAACUUGCCAUGGCUGUGCGUAAGCACUUCAACGGCCUCGGAGUCCAAGAGAACGACGUUAUCGUGGACUUUAUCCACAAAGUUCGGAGUCAGGCCAUCACCAAAGCCGACCGAAACAGAAGGCCAAAUUCAACAUCUCACGACGCUUGA